UGACCAUAAAGCAUCUUUCCAAUUUCUAUCAUAUUUUUAUAUCCAAAUUGCCAUUGGUAGUAUCCUGGGAGAGGAAGAAACCAUGAGAAGGGGGGAAUCAUCAAACAUUCUGUUUUCUCUGUUGCUCUUUCUAUUCAUUGGUGAAGUGCAACAAGCUGCAUGUUCUUCUUCAUGUGGAGACAUCAAAAAUAUACGAUACCCAUUCCGGUUAAAGGUCCAUCCACCGGAAUUCGGUGAUUCUUUUUUUGAACUUACUUGCCAGACCAACAAACCCAUCUUACAAUACCGUUCUGGAAAAUACUAUGUGAAAGAAAUUUCUUAUGAUGAUCAGAUAAUUACGGUUGUUGACGUUAACUUAGCCAACGGAAGCUUUGGCGCCCUUCCAUCCCAACCUCUGUCAUUCUUUGAAACUUCCUUCUUUUAUGACAACAGAACAGGAAUUCAAUUAAGAUUAGAAUAUUCCUCGAGUCUAGGAGGACAUUUUAAGCACUAUACAGAAGCCCAGUUUUUGAACUGCCCUUCGAAUUUCAGUCAUCCCUCGUACAUAAGAGUUCCUUGUUUGAGUGGAAACCAGUGCCAUGUUUAUGUCUACUAUGAUGAUAGCUCGACAACAACCUAUCGUCAAGAUUCAUGCUAGUUCAAUUCAAGUAUUCCUAUGCUUCUUCCGAUUCAGACAAAUCCUUCCUAUGAAACCAUCCAGAAGUUGCUGCAGUUAGGCUUUGAUCUUCGCUGGUACGAUGGGGGCAAUUGUUUUCAAAUGUUCUACGCAGAUAAUUUCCAUUGCUCUAAAAGCUUUGCUGGCUAUCUGUUAUUCUUGAGGGUGUACAUGCUUCAACCAUGGCGUGAACUAUUUACAUUAUUUGGUAUUGCUGAUCCAUAUGGUCCGGAGUAUGACACGUGGGUGUCUGACAUAAGUCAUGCAGUCUUUGUAAGCUUUCUGUGGGUUGUUCUUAUCGUCAAAUUUAUCCUUGCUCCAAGUGUUAUAUUUGUGUAUAUUUUCAACAAAUAUAAAAAAACAAGGAAAACAGUGGAUAACGUAGAGAAAUUUCUUCGCAAUCAACAAUCUUGGAUGCCUAAAAGGUAUUCUUACUAUGAGCUAAUUGCAAUGACAAACAGUUUCAGCUAUGAAUUAGGCAAAGGUGGCUUCGGAUCAGUUUACAAAGGGCAGCUUCGUAGUGGUUGUUUCGUUGCUGUUAAAGUGUUAAAAAACUCCAAAUUUAGCGUAGAAGAAUUCAUCAAUGAAGUCUCCACUAUCGGUAGAAUUCACCAUGUUAAUAUUGUGCAAUUAUUGGGAUUUUGUUCAGAAGGACGAAAUCGUGCUCUUGUGUAUGAGUACAUGCCUAACGGAUCUCUUGAUAAGCACAUCUUCUCAAAGAGGGGUAAAGGACAGUCAUUUACUUGGAAGAAAAUCCGCGAAAUUGCUUUAGGAACAGCUCGGGGGAUUGAGUAUCUACAUGGAGGAUGUGAUGUUUGCAUUCUUCAUUUCGAUAUCAAGCCUCACAAUAUCUUGCUUGACCACAAUUUCAUCCCAAAGGUCGCUGAUUUUGGCCUCACAAAAUUUUAUCCAAAGGAAAACGAUUUUGUCUCCAUUAGUGUUACAAGAGGAACAAUAGGAUACAUAGCUCCAGAGCUGAUUUCAAGGAAUUUUGGGGUUAUUUCUUGUAAGUCAGAUGUUUAUAGUUUUGGAAUGUUAUUGUUGGAAUUGGCUGGAGGGAGAAGGAAUUCCUUUUCAAUGAAAACUCGUUCAAGCAAAGCAUACUUCCCAUCAUGGGUAUAUGACCAAAUACUCAAUGGAGGAGAUCUAGAGCUCCAAGACGGGGCUAAUAAUGAAACUGGGACUGCACGAAAACUGUGCAUAAUUGGGUUAUGGUGCAUACAAGUGAAUGCAGCGGAUCGUCCAUCAAUUACCAAAGUAAGAGAAAUGUUAGAAGGGAGCAUUGAUGACUUGCAGAUGCCUCCUAAACCUUUCUUUUCUUCUUCUCAACAUAGCUGUGUAAGAGAUCAGAUUCAAUUUGAAUUAGAUUCCUCAAGUUCAACAGAGCUACUGUUAGCAGAAUCAAUGGAGGAAAGCUUGUGUAUUGAUAGCAAUGUUUAAUUUCCGAAUUGAAUGUGUAAAUUUG